UUCAUCUUGACCACGGGAAAAGUUCCGCCUUUUUCUCGCCGAUGUGCAACGCAGCUCGCCUGCGAUAAGAGUUUGUAUUUUGGAAAUGAUAUCCAUAUCGUGCAAGCUAUAUGGAAAGCUUAAGGUCUUGCAUUAAGAAGCUUCGUGGGGCAGUCAUACUGCUUUAAUUCGCGGUAGGUCAGCUUUUCGUACUGGUAACUUUCUUUGUCCUGGAUGAGACGCCCGGUGAAGCCAUACAAGGACUACUAGCAAGAGACACUCUUGCACCGGAACCGCAGUACGAUGAGGGUGUGCGCGAUUUGUGGUGCGACGCGCCAGUGUGUCCGAGGGUGGAGUGGGGCCCUGCGAGAGGCGAGAAUGCGGCUGAGACUGCUCUGAAACAGGACAGCCUGUAUCUAAUCGCUGUGCCUCGCGUGGGAAAUUCUGGGGAAGCGCUCCAGGAGUAUCGGAACCGCGUCGAUUUCCUCAACCGUUCGACAAUCUCUGCGAACAAUAUGGAUACGAGUGCGAAUCCUGCUGGCACCGACCGAAAAUAUCUCCACAGCAGGGAUAAAACCACGAGGCUGCAACUGCGCCGCUUUCUUUUAGAUCGCAAGAGCUCGGGGCGUGAUAUUUUUUUUGUCUCAGGUUUCUCCCCAGUGGCCGACGAUCUGAUAACGUUUGCGACUUCCAUUGUGCACGUAGAAACAGACCUGGGCGGCGGUGUGCAGAAGGAUUUGAUUGCGUCGGUGGGGGGGCCUAACCGAAGAUUCGUUUUUCGGUACGCCGCUACCGAGGAACUUCUCCGGCCUGACGACGCAUCCGUGGAUCACAACCCUGAAAGAAGUGCGGUGUCAGUUUCUCCCUUGACUGUGUCCGAGCGUCGGCAAAUUGGUCAAGAGUUCCACGCAACAACCUCUUCGUUCCUGCAGGCGUAUCUGCCUGACCUCUUUCGGAAGAAGCACCUGCGUAGAUUGGUGGGUCAGCUCGAGCAAGAUCUCAUUGCAGCAGAGGCUCAGGCUGGCCGCUGCCAGACUACGACAGCGCAGAUAGGUAAAAAGAGGAAAGUAGAUACGAUCGGUGCGGCCCAAGACUCGCUUGCAGUGCCGUCAGACUUCGAGCUAAAGCGUGACGGAUCUGCGGCGCUUCGGCAAGCAGGUGCAGAAGAUGCAAGUCAAGCGCAACGAAUCGACACCACGCAGGUCUGGCGCAACUCGGUUAGAGUAGGCACGAUGCAGUCCUCUUACCGAGAUAAAACGAUAUAUAAUUCGCAGCGCAAAAACGUCGUCGAGACACCGGAUGUACAAAUCCUAGUCCAGGAACAAGCCACAGAAAAGGGACAUGGCGCAGCGGAGUUGGACUUCGAAGAAAGUGAGGCCGCUGCAAUUCUGCGGACGCUUUUUCGGUGCAGCGAUGCGCCGUCGUACGGAUUCCAGAAACUUACCGGGGUAAGGGUUCCUGUGCAUUUCGCGGUGCUGCGCGUGCUCUUCGAGCUAGACAGUUAUGCGCCGCUUCUGCAGCAGUUCCGCGAGAAUGUUGUUUCUCCGUUGAGGGUGCAAAGAUCACCAGGUUUUGUUCCGGACUGGAGGCCAUUGAAGAAACGCACCGUGCCCGCAUUUCGUUGGUUCCACAGCCUGACACCGUUUCGGGCAUAUACCACGGCGCAAAACAACGACAGUAUGAGGCGACAGCUAGGGGGCAGAUUCACCACGUUUGAUGCAGCGACCACAUGUGCGCCCGCAGCAACACGGUCUGCCCUUGAGCUUCCCGCGGCCACGGUCGCGGUUCCUUGGGGUGCAGAUUCCUAUCACGUUGAGCUGCUGCGCCGUCGUGUUCUCUCGUUUGCGCCCAUGGUGUAUGAGCAUGUCGUACGGGUGUGCGUCCGAGCGGAUUUGCAGCCCGGAGACUAUCUACGAGCGGCGCGUCUUCUUUGGCUGGUGCAAGGAGGCUCGGGGUUACACGAAUCGCCAGACACAAAUUAUAUCCGUGCGCCAGGUGGAGCAGGGCCAUGUUCGUCCCGCGACAGAAGAUUGCAGGAGCAAGUUCUUCCUCCAAUUGACGGGACUGAGUAUCGUAUUGUCUGGAUAGCGGUCAAUGCAGAGACAACGACCGCAUUCUGUACGCAUGCAGCUCCUGAAACAGGGCACAAGGUAAAAUCAACAAACGGAGAUGCAGGGUCACCCUGGCUGAUGUGUCCUUGGGAGACGUCCUUACGUAGCGAGAUACAUGGGCAGAAAGAGCUUGCGGUUGGCAGCAAAGGAGAGUUGCUCGUACCAUAUGCGAUACGGAGUGCUCCAGGACCAGGAGGCAACCUCACAGAGACUCGGUUUUUCUGUCAGCCUACAGAAAAAGGUUGCGGGCCGAAAAACAAUGACGAACAUCCCAAUCACGCCUCCCUUUCAGUAGGCGUCUGUUCAGUGUGGAACCCAUUCCUGAACCGGGAAAUGCAGGUGGCCUGUCGGGCUGCCGUCGCGAGGACGCGUGAACUGCAACCGAUAGCAAGAUCAUUUGAGGAUCUCCAAGAGACAACAUCAGCCACGAGGUUUCGCUCGACACAAGUGCGCACGUGUGCGCUAGCGGGGCCAUUGAUUGCGCCCUCUUCUAUUGGUACCUCACAUACACCGAAGCACGUUCACUCGUCUGACUAUCGCCUGCAAAUAUGUCUGGGUCUGGAAACAUGCAAACCGGUGGUCGUGCGCAUUUCGGACCACGCAAGAAUCUGAUAACUUACUUCUAACUCAAUUCUGACACUACCAAAAACAGCUUCGCCUUCUGGUAAGCUCUUCGAAGCCUUCAAGUUCCAUUGUCUAACCCCAAUCCAACGCCAUAUGUUACUGAUACUGUAAAAUCUCUGUUUGGAAUUGCCAAGGCACUAGGACGACCCUGAUCGUCCAUAGCCCCCUCACAUUGUUAGCGCGCAGACAUUCGCACACCCACGCUGAGGCGUGUACACCUGUGCCAUCAGUCCUCGCAAUUACUACGCUGGAGCUUCGCCUUGCUCUUGGGUUCGAAUUGAGAGGUAGAUAGUCAUAAUCGCCUCAAUUUGAGUGAUAGAGCGUUGGCUCUUGUCGUUCGUGGCGCUGCAUUGUACUACUUCGAAAAGCAUGAGGACCUCAGGCGUUUUUCCUCUAUAACUUUGGUCACGAUAGCGGCAAGGUGCGCGGCGUUUUAUCUCCUCGUCGGGGUUCCGUGGUCAUCGGGUCCUCGCUUAUCAUUUUGAAAAUUUCUGUCGCCUUUCAAGACACUGAAAAAGCAAGAGAGCAUAUGGACUGCUUGGAAUGCGAGUGGAUUCGUCAUCAUGGCCGACAGACGAAGUGCCUGGCGCCUUGCAUAUCACAAACAAAAUAGUCUGUUGGGAUUGGCAGUUUGUUGGUGCUGCACCAUCAGAAGUGCGGAACUUCCGAACGGUCGCCACCUUUCCGAUAGUCCGAUACUUCAUAAUAAGUACGUAAUUCACGUACUAGGCAACCUGCAUUCGCCCGGACAGCGGCACCGUCGGCGCUCUUUCUCUUUCCAGGAGACUGAAUUUUCGGCGCUGAAGACAAAGACCUUGGCAUGCUGAAACAGGCUUUGUAUGAUCUAAAUCUAGUAGAUGGGCGAUGCCUUUCGAAGUGAUUGCGUUCGAGGUAGGACCCGACGACCAAGUCAACGCGUGGUGUCUCUUCUUUCUCGCGGUGUUUUUCGCUUUAUCAAAACGAAUAUACAGCAACCCCGAUUCCGCGCGCCUGGGAAUGAGGUCGGUCCCGGACGACAUGCGUACGUAGUACAACUAACGCGCAUUUGUUUUGCAAGAACAGAGGAGACCAUAGAUACGUGCUUCGCGGUCCGCUCUUCUCAACGCGGCACCGAAGCAAUGGAUGCGAGCAUGAUUGUUUUGCCAUUGUGAAGGUGGGCGAGGGCAUUACGAAAUCUUAAUCGUGCCGGUUUUGUUUUUUUUAGGAAAUUUUGUUUUGUGUAACAACGCAAAGAGAUCACGUUCUUGAAAUGCGAGGACAUGAGAAAGAAUGUGGUUGGGUUUGGGCGACUUUUUCGUUGUCAUACACUACUUUGCUUGAUAGCAAUUGCAAAAAUGUGUCGGUGUGAGAAAGUGCGCGCACGCCUUUGUAGUUUGUAGCAAAGAAGUUCUUCAAUGCAUACCGAAGCGCCCCGAAUUCAUAUUCAAUGAUCCUGCCCGGGCUCAUUGUGACUUUCGAUGCCCUUGGUGGAGCGUUUUGAUUAAAGAAAAUAUCACCACGAUGAAGCGUGCUACGUGAGGGUGACUUUUCCGGCAACGGCUUCCAAGGCAAACUCGCCGACCAACGUGCGCCGACGGCAAUGCGGUCCGCCGACAGAAGUUGUUCGACAGAUCGGCGGCGCCCAACGCCGUGGAUUUGUGCCAUAUGGGCCGCUCUACAGAGCACCCAACAAAACCGCACCAAAGAUACACGCAGCGACUCCGCAGCGUGUGGCUGCGAUUUUAGGGGAAUUUUGGAAGAUCGCGCAAGCGAUCAUUGAUUUCUUCGGCAACUUCACACGAAGCAUAAGCGGUGGCGCAGACGCUCAAUAAGGAAGAACAAGAAGAUAGUUGUAAGCGUAAAACGCACGACAGAGCGCGCCUAUUGUUGACUAGUCCUUGUAGCACGGGGCCGAUCUUCCGCUCGUGUUGCUAGCCCUUGGUUGUUCGAGGGGUCCAUGCCAUUGAUUCCUUGAGGAGAACUUUCGCAAGCAAAAUUAAGCGCAGAAAGGGGCAAUCUUUCGACCUUUUACCAAUGCCCGCCACACAAUUAGACGAAAAGCCUUGCACGGGGGUGUGGGUGACCCGGAGAAUGCGAAAAAGCGUACAGUGGCCCCAUUUAGGGGAGCUCCCACACAUGGGCGCUGCAUUGUACGCGGCCGCGGAAGCGCUCUCCUUGUGGCGCUUUUCUUAUGCCCAGAAGGAGGCCACACGCACACAGUAGGCCUCUGUCGGCAUCUUAUGUCGUCGUUUAUGUUCUUUCUAGCCAGCACGGUCGCUGGCCCGUUUCGUUAAUCAGGGAAGGCGAGAAAACGUCGCCGUUCUCACUACCUCCACCUUGGCGGCCGGUUUUGGUAGAGGGGUGGUUACAUAGUGAAGCAGUGCGCGGGGCGUCGGGAGCCGUUUGCAUUUCGACGCCAGUACAUUUUUGCAGCGCAUAUUUUGACUCUACGCACGAUUGGGGCUCUCAUACGGUAGCAGGUAUGCGACGUUCUACCCUUCUAAGAGCUACCAUGACGAAACUUGUGUUGCCGGUUCGUGUUGCUAAAAAAGCAGCGCUGCCCGACUGGAAUUAGUCGAUCAUGCGAUUAUAUUCAGUCCUUGCCAUGCGCACCGCAAGCAACUGAAUCAGACCUACACGGUAAGCAAUGCCUUGCUCAAUGACCAGACCACCUGUGCACAAUCGGGUCACACGAGUUGAAGUCUCGGUAUUUCGUGUGGGAGCUCUGUUUUUUACCCUGACAAUAGCACUGAUGGCACUAUGGAAACAAAAUGUCCUUUCCCCUGCACGCAAUUUCCGCUGCGUGCUUUCUUUUUCUGUGCACGAUAAUUUAACUGUUUGUAUUGCAUGAGGGCAAUGAGGCAGCCUCUUGUUGCAUUGUGCAGUCGACUCUGUAAUGCUGUUCGGUCCAGCGCAUGUGCAGAGGAGAGACCGCAACCGCAUAUCGUGCUAAACAGGAAGACCACUAGGCGUCUGGCUGGCUUAGGAUAUGCCUGCAGUCUGAGGUCACAUCACAAGUUGACUUGUGUCGAUGUAUGAUCAUGCUAUACGAAUCUACUUGAUCUGUAUCUGUAAAAUGCACCGGGAAGACUUUUCGUCUCAAUAGCGUUUGAAGUAUUUGGUGAUGAGUCCGCCACUGCGAGAGCUUCGACCUCCCAGCCAAAUGGAAGCGCUACGAAUUAUCCUGUACGUCGAAGCUGCGCAUCUCUUGGAACAACGUCUUCCGGUCGGUGCCCUUCCGCACGCGUUCGUGCUCGCGUGACGCCUAAGCCUGAGCGUAAGCACGAGAAAUUUAGCUCUGCAUCAUGAUCAGCACCAGCGAAAAUAAAUGUAGAACCGCGACCGAAGCAGUAGCCGUCCCCGUUGCACUUGCAGCGACAGAAACAGAAUGUCCUGCGCCCCUUCGAGCUCGAGGCUGGCGUCUUCUUUAAGAAUCUGAGCAUGCCAAAUACGUUGAUCCGGAGUGAAAUCGUAGACGCAGGCAAGGACGCAAAGACUGGAAAAGUUUGCUAGUGCGCCGUGGCUAAUUCUGGCUGACGCAAGAACUAGCUACCGACGGUUCUGCUGUUGUGUUCACUUCCUGGCUAGCAUCCUCGAGAACGCGCAGACUUUUUGUAUAUGGGGCAGCACGGCCUUCACGGUGAAAGUCGAGGUGAAUAAGUGCGCGCCCCCUGCUCCCCUUUGCGAGUACCUCAAAAGCCCAAAAAGGAGCGCUUUAGAUGGAACAGCGUAGACCGAGCCGUCGCCCGCAGAAGCGCGCGGCUCCGCUGCGAGACUUUUGAGAAAGAAAGUUUGGCUUGGUCAGUAGGGAGGACCCGUUCUGUCCGAGCGUCCGCGCGGUUGUUUCGCUUAUUCGGGCCGAAGUUCAAUUUCCUUUGCGUUUGCCGUUUGUUGCCGUCACGUCUACUUUGACCUAUAUGCUUUGUGGGAUCCCGUGGGCAAACGCAGCAGUAGGUGUAUCCACAACUAGCGUCGCGCCAUUUCUAGUCAGGGACUCACUCGGUGUCGUCUUCUUCAUUUCAAGCCCAUUUGUCACAGGAUGCGCAAACCUAGCCGUAGUAUGUAGUGAGGUCGCCGAACGGCUCUAACCUGGCAGCUUUCUUGACAGUAACCGCCAAAAACGACCGGCAGUUUUCAAGCCUGUAGAGAGUUUUUUUGCCUGGAAAAAAUGAAGGCGCGCCAGCCUGUUUGGCUUUGUUGUCAACGAAUCGCCGGCGGAUUCUAUCGAUCGCCGCUGGAUAAAACGACGCAAGGGAGCCGGCAAAAGGGGCGCCCUUCUGAGGCGCCCACCGCCUUGGUUUCUGGCGAUAUGGCCAAAAAAACGAGACCAAAAUCAGAACAGCGAAGCCACAUGGUGCGGCCGCGAUUUCGGAGCAUUUUGGGCGGCCGCGAAGGCGGCCGCCUUUUCGCCGUUUAUAGAGCCUGGGGAGGUUUGCAAAAAGCGCCGGCGCGAAAAAUAAAAACGAAAAAAGAAAAAGCGCGCGACACGCGCGAAGCCAAUCUGCAUGCUACGGGCCCGAUUUUCCGUCGGUUCUUGGGCGCCCCCCGUGGCGCCUGGAUCGGCCCCAUAGCGUCGGGGCUGGCUUCCGGACAGGAAUUCCGAAAAUUUGCCAAAAAGCGGCCAUGUUUUUCAACCGGCCGCCAUGCCGUGCGGCAUAACCUUACCCACGGCGGCGUGGCGGGCCCAAAAAAAGCAAAGCCGUGGCCAAGGCAACGGCCGGCAAGAAAACGCCACCGGCCUCACUACCUCCGCCCCGGCGGCUAUAUUUUGUAUAGUUCGCUUCGCUACAGCGCGAACGUCAAAUCUCCCUCUGGGAUUUUACGCAGAGAUAUAUGCUCAGAGGAUCCGCAUGUUCUAACUUACUUGGCAGCCUCCUUGACAUAAUCGGCGAAGAUGCUGGGCCAUGCCGAAUUAUCGGCGCGAUUGUUUCUUUAUGCAGACUCACUCGAGAAAGGUGCUGGGAAGCUCAAGCUAGGCAAAGCUAGAGCGUAUGCGCUUGAUACGUAAAUUAAAAGCGCAAGCGCUCUAAUUUUCCGCAGCCAAUGCAAUCAGCAUGCCAACAGGCCGACCUCCCGCCGCUGCGACGGCGCCCGCCGGGAGUCCAUAGCAGGCCCACCCGCCCGGGGGUAUUUCUGGAAGAAAAUCCGCAAAAUAUGCGAAAUGCCGGCCAGCGUUUUCGCCCGCCGCCAGGCCAAGCGGCCCCGCCUUAUCCGCGGCGGGGAGGUGCGGCGUGCGCAAAAAGUGCGCCGCCCGGCUCACAUCGCAGGCGACCGCCUUAGGAUAGCACCCGGCGCGCCUUUGCCGGGGCAGGAGAAGGCGCCGAAGCCAUUGUUUGUAUAUUGGCAGCGCCCACGCCGUCCUGUAUGCAAAGAGCCUGCUGCAGCACAAAUUGCAAAACCCAAGGCGCUGCUAGAUCUGGAAACCACGUAGACAGGGGGCUCGAAGCAAAUACGAGACGAGGGCGCCCGGCAGAGAGCGAACACACCCCAGCGACCAGCAUCGGAGGCGCAGCUGGCGGAAAACCCUUCGGCCCUGCAGCGACAGACACGGUCGCGCCCCCCAAAACUUUUUUGGGUUUUUUACUCGGUGCGCCAAUCGGAUGUGGAAGCUAUGGAACCGCGACACAUGUCGCGCCUGCUCUCUAGUGCCAUGUGGGCCCUCGCCUGUUUUAUCUCUUCGAAACGCAGCCCGGGCCUUUUUAGGCGGGCGUGUUUGCGGUGUCGAAGUGUUUGCCAAGCAGCUCAGCACACGCGCUGGUCGAGUGCAUCGGCGCGCCAUGUUUGUUUUCGUGGCUCCGCCACGUCGGGGGCAAUCCAAUGGGCUGUGCUCCUCUGUCGCAUGUAGUGAGGCUACCGCGCGGCCCCAGCCUGGCAGUUCUCUUCGCAGAGACACAGCAACACGGCCGGCAGUCUCCGGGCUUAUGAGAGAGUUCUACAAGCGUACGACCUCAGAAAAGGUCAAGCGCCUCGGCGUGAUUGGCUUCGCCUCCAACGGGCUCCGCCGAAGAUUGCUGACAGUCUCGACGAUGGCAUGCCGGCAGAGGCGUGCCCCGCCCUGAGUUUUGGACUUUUCCGGCGCCCAAAAGAGGGCCCACAGAGGCCGCACGCAAAAGCAAGACGGCCCGCGGCUUUUGGGCAGUCGCGAAAGCGGCCGCCCUUUCGCCAGAUUGGCUCACCGCAAGCCGCGGCAUCUCCGCGAAGCUGGCGCCCUUCAAAAAAUGGAACGCAAAAAGCAAAAAGCGCGCCGGGCUAAUAGACCUGGCCCGCCCGCCAAAGGCCCGGCGUUUUUCCGAAUCCCCGGGCCGUGAGGACUGGGCGCAUGCCAUCGAGGCGGGCUUUCGGGGGACCGCACUUAGUGAAUUUGCCAAGUUUUUUAUUUGCUGGCUGCCAUCCCGUUUGGCGUUGGCCAAGCUCCAACCUGCACAUGCACGACUGCGGCCCGCCCCCGCCGCUCGCCCACGCGCGCCCCUUGCCCGCUUCUUGGCGGCGCUUUUCGCGUCGGCGGUCGAGGCGAAGGGGACGCAGGAAAGGACCUGCAAGGCGUUUGUUAAGGGGCCUGAUUUUGGGUGCUUUGUUAUGGCCAAGGUCUGCUCUUCCGGCUCUGCAGCCCGCCGGCCGGUGCAAGGGAACGGCAGCGACCUUACUACCUCCGCCCUGGUGGCUAUGCUUGGCAUCCUUAGCGAGGCCGGCAGCUUCUUCCGAGGGCUCUGGCUUGUUUCGCUGCUUUCGGGGCCCCUCCAAGGCCUUUGGUUUGGUUGUUUCUUUAUUUUUUGCGGCAUCACAGAAACUCCGACCCCAGGCCCAGCCCAAGCUUGGCAGAAGAUUCAGUCCCGACCCUGAUUUUCAUGCUCAAGGCCAAGCGCGAAGCUGAGGCCAAUUAUACCUCCGCCCGAACUAAGACCGCAGCUUCCAAGUUGACGCUGAGGCCCAAGCUUAAGCGCGAAGCAGGGACUCGACCUAAAUCGCGAAGUUGAGGCCGAGCCUCUAGCUCGAAGCUGAAACGCAGGCACAGCUAUGAAGUUCGUUGAGAGUGAGGCCGCAGCUCGAUGCUGAGGCUCGAACGCAGACUCCUGGUCGAGGGAGUCUCAAACUCGAAACCAAAGCUCAAACCGAAACUCGAUCGCGAGAUGGUUUUUGAAACUGCAGAGCU